UACUUUGGUUUUGCAAAAGCAAGAAAAACUGACGUAAACAAACUGAGAUGGCGAAUCAUCAUGCCGAUCUGUUUAAAUGGAAAAGAAAAACAAAUCCAAUGGAAAUGGGAAGAAAAGGAAAGAAAGAUAAAAUGAAGGACUGGAUAAAAAAAGUUCAAGAUGCUUCUGAACGUGCUGCACUUGAGGCAUAUGGUUCAGAUAUUUUCGAAACAGAUCAUUUAGGAGAAUUUGUUCCAGAUGAUGAAGCCUUGUAUGAAGCACAGGAGUUAUUAGAUGGGUGGUUGCAAGAGAAAACGUUUCCAAAUAUGCAGCAUGAGUUAGAACACAAAAAGGAAAGUUGGUCGUCUAAUAAAAGAUUAAUGUUGGAUGCUGACACAUAUUUACAUGGUGGUAACAAAAACAAAGUAGACUACCUGACAGAUUUUCGAAACACUUUCUUAGAUAUAGACACAAAUCAUGAAGAAGAAGAAGAAAUCCCAAAACCAAUUUUUUUUCCUGAGGCUGCUUCAGCUGCACAAGAUUAUACCAACUACUUAUUGGAAGUUGAAAAUAUAGAUAACGAUGAUAUUGAUGACAGCUUAGUAGUCCAAGAAGUUCUACGAGGGAUGAUGAAUAAAGAGGUUGUAAAAAACAUCGACCUUGGGAUGAAGCCACUUGUAAGAAGGUUAAAAGAUCCAGUACCAAAGAUGAAUUUAAGACAUCAACAGGUGAAAAUAAAAGGUGCUGAAAGAAAAAGUAAAGUUGCUGCAAAAAAGUUAGAACUAUCCACUCAAAAAGAAAUAGAGCAAAAAGCCAGGGCUAAAGUAGCAGAAGAAGAAAAACAAAAGAAACUAAAAGAGAAAGCGGAAGAAAAAGCAAUUAAGUUAGAAAUGGUUAGGAUAAGAAAAGAACUGGAAGAUGAGAAAAGGAAACGAUUUGAAGAAUCUGAACGAAAAAAGAAGAUUCUUGAUGAAGCUAAACUUCAGAUGCAGAAAGAAUUACGUAGAAAGAAAGAACACAGAAAAACCGAAAGUGUAAGGAGAAAAGAAGCUGAAGAACAGAUGCGUUUGCAUGUAGAGUAUGAAGCUGAGAAAAAGUCACUCGAAGAGCUUAAACAAAAUAUGCAAAUAUUACACAAGCACUUUUCUUUGUGGUAUAAUCUGGUUCUCGAAACAAGAAUAAAAGUGGGAAAGGCACGUGCUGUUGCAGAUUGGAAGUGUAAACUUAAAGCUUGGAACGCAUGGAAGGCUUAUGUUACUUGUGUGCGUUCUUGCGAGGAGGCAAGAACUAUUGAACAAAGCUUAAAAGAAAAAUACAGGAAAGAACAAAUGGCUAUUAAAUACAGCAAUAAAAAACUGCUUCAUACUUGUUUUAUAUCAUGGUUAAAAUAUGCACGCUAUCAAGUUGAGAAAAAAAUUCUACUUGCUGAACAUGAAAAGAAAGCAAAGAAGAUGGCCAUGUUUCUUGAAGCAGCUUCGAAAGGAUUACUGUGGAAAGACAAGAAAGAAUGUAAUGCUUCAUCAGAUGAAAAAAUUGUUCUUACCAACGAAAAGGUAAAUGACCAGCAGCUUUAUCAGACACAUCUCCGUAACAAGACACAAAAAAUACCAACAGGUAAAUCUCAUUUCCAAAAACACAAAGAAAAGAGAAAUGAAGAAGUGCACCAACAUAAUAAAAUGCCAUGUAAAGAUGUUGAAAAUAUCACGAGACAGAAUUCUGUAUAUACUAAGAAGACCAAGUCUGUGGUGACUGAGAAUUACAUGAUACAACAUAACAUAGCAAACCCUUUUUCUGCACCACUGAUCAAACAUUCUAUUGGUGCAAAGAAUGAUGUCUUACAUGAUGCGAACCCCACCAGAAGUGACCCAGCAGAGUCAGUUGUAACAGUUCCCAUUAAGCACUUUCAAGUCCGAUCACAGAAACAAACAACAAAACCUUUACAUUUAGCUAUGGAGGAACGUGAAAGUCAAAGAAGGGAAAGAAAAGCACAGCUGGAAGAACAGAAAAGAAAAAAAGAAGAAGAAAAAUUAAAUGUAUUACGCAAACGUGAAGAGGAGAGAUUACGAAAGGAGGAGUUAGAGAAGGAAGAAAGAAUAAAGCAACGGAAAGAGCAACGCAGGUUGGAAAUACAGGUGAGAUGUUGUUUUGUUGAGGAGCAACGCAGGUUGGAAAUACAGAAAGAAAAAGAAAAGCAGUUAAGACAAGAACAAGCUCGCAUCAAAACAAAUCUCGCAACCACUCAUUACCAGAACUUUUUGUUGCGAAAAUAUGGCUUGGAACCACUAACGCGAUUAAUUCAAGUAGUACAGUUAAAUUUAGAAAUAAGUAAUAAAUACUGCAGCGGAAGGUUACUUAAAAUAGUAUUCGUGUCAUGGUACACAAACACAAAAGAAGAUGUGACUGAAAAGAAAAAUAAGGCCGACCAUUGUUACGAGAAGAUCUUGUUAAGAAGAAGUUUAAGGUCAUGGCAAAAGGUAAGAUUCAACCUGCAAAUGUUGAACAAGAUAGCAAGAAAACAUAAUAUCCAACGGAUAAAAAAACAUGCUUUUAAUGCAUGGCAAGAUUAUGUGACAGAUGAACGUAUUUUAAUGUGGGCGAAAGAAAGUUCAGCAGAUGAACAUAAUCAAGCACGUAUAACAAAGCUGUAUUUCCAUACAUUGGUUAAUUUUGUAAGCUUGGUAAAAGAAGAACGUGUAAGAGAGAAGCGUAAAAAUGAUUUGCGAAAAAAAGUGCAACAAUGGUUACCUGAUUUUCAAGGUAAAACUGAAAGUGUUUAGCAUUUGCUAUUAUUUGACAGACGCAACAAAUGAAAAGAUGUGGCUACCUUGGAGGUUGUACGUUUUAAAUGAUAACACCACUGAUAUUUAUGCAUUGUGCAACAGAUUUCUUUACGUAAAAAUUAAACACACUUUUUUUAAAAAGUAUUAGCUCCAUAAUAGUGCUUAUUUAUUUUGGUAAUCUUGUGCUUUUUGUUACUGCCUGCUAUGGAGUAUGAUUUCAAUGACAACGAUGAAGAAACAAUUUAAGCAAAAAAAACAUUUUUGUAUAAAAAGUGUUUGAAAUUACAUUUCUACAUAGAAUGAUACAUCGUGUGCUAGAAAUUAAGGCGCUGUUCUGCGACAGAUCUCCAUCCUGUAGGAGCAGUUUCCCCUAAGGUUUGGGAAAUUUUGAAAUUCUUCUUUCUUCCCUUUUACAGUGCAAUGCUGUGCAUAUGCUUUUCCUUUUUUCCCCAUUCGUUCGUGUUGUAUGGGCAUGUUGACUUGAGUUUGUUUUAUGCCUGUAUUAAUCUUUUUUCUGAAACCGUUGUUGAAACAGUGCGUCAGAAACAUUUAGUUGUACUAAAUAAAUAGCGUCCACACAUUCCACUGUUAACUAUAUUUAUUGUGUAGUCAGAAUUAACCUUUUUUUAAAUCAAAUUCUUUCGUUGCUUAGGAAAUAUUUCUAAGAGUCCAUAAAGGAUGUUGUGUCCUCUAAAAAUGAGGCUCGCCCUCCUUAUAAAAUUUUGUGUUUGGCUUGCAUCAUUUGUGACAAACUGCGCUUUAAAAUUAACGACAACCGAGUUAUGUAGAACACCAAUGAAAUUUUAAGUUUAAAAUAUAUUUAUUAUACAAAAUAUUAAUUUUAUUAUGGAAAGUGUGUUGUAUAUUUUUAUUUUAUUUUAUUUUUAGACUAUAUUUUUAGAUAUUAUUAUGAUUAUUAUUUAUAUUAAUAUA